UCCGCCCUCUCUGGGAUUUUAAACGUAACCGAUCACAGAGUGAACCAUCAGUUGCACCAUGGCACAGAACAGAACACACGUACGUCCCCAGGACCCUUACAAACCCUUCCAGGACUACCUCGGCUUCAAUGGCUUUACCUGGAAUAAAGAUCUAGUGACCAAUCUCACUCGUUUAAUGACAUUUUCGCCAUCUUUUCAUGACGACAAAAGCAGUGAUGGAAAAUUUUUCGGCAAUAGCUUUUCUCGGUUUCGAUGUGUCGGCUCGUCCGCUAACAAGGGGGUGGGGAAUUUCGAUCCCCUGGACAUCAUCCGGAGGGAUUCUUUGGAGGACUUCAGACAUAACGGUCGAGACGUGGAGCUGGACGAACUGGACAGCUACCAGGUGGAGUUACGGAGACAUUCGUCUAUCUCCGUACAGCAGGAAUCUACUAACCCGGUAGUUUUGGAAGUUUUGGCCUUCAAGGAACGGAAGAGGGCGGCCCGGAGAGCUAAGCUGAAGAACCUCUGUGUUUUCUGUAAGAACAACGGAGAAACUUCUGCAAUCUACACAAGUCACGUGUUGAAGGACGCAGAAGGACGAGUUUGCUGCCCCAUUCUCCGUAAGUACACAUGUCCUCUAUGUGGAGUGUCCGGAGACAACGCCCACACGAUCCGCUACUGUCCGAAAAAUGAAUGCGACAUUUCUACACCGAGUCUUAUCCAGAGUAAAACAAGGCGAGUACUAUGUGGAAAGCGUCGCCGCAGUAGUGACAGUGAGAAUAGCAACUGAUGACAACAAUGAACAGAACACUAACUGACUUAAUAUUCCAUAUCAAAAGUUCUGAACAGUUGAAGGGACCACCCGGAGAUGUUCUGUAUUCCAAACGGAGGUCUGAAGGGACUGUAAAUAUUCCACACGGAGAGAAUUUCUGUAUUCCAAACGAAGAAGGUCUGAAGGGACUGUAAAUAUCCCACGCGGAGAGAAGUUCUGUAUUCCACACGGAGAAGGGACUGUAAAUGUUCCACGCGGAGAGAAGUUCUGAAGGGGCUAGAAAUAUUUUUAAAGUUGUGCUGAAAGUGUCACUGUGAACGCUAUAUUUUUAUUGACAGUGAAAAUCACCUUGUUUUUAUGCUUGUAUCGUCAAAUGAUUGAUUUAAAUUAGCGUACAUAUAUAUGAUUUUUAUGUAGAUGACAAAUUUUAAUCUUAUGAUAUCCCUGUUCUAGAAAUGGUGCUAAUUGAAUUGUGUACAGCUAAUCAAAUCAUGAUUUUAGAUUGAUCUGUAUUUACACAGAUUACUUUUAAUCGUAUAUUGUAGACGUUAGCUGAAUUUGUACAGAAUUGGUUUUAACAAAAAUAACAGUAUAUUAGUGCUUUAACCCUACUCAUAUUCCCAUAAAUAAAUUAUUAUAUUGAUUACUA